AUGUCCUUCGGCGGCAAAAGCGUGCUGCCCCUGGAAUAUACGCAGCAAGAAGGCUGGCGGUUGGCGGUUGAUCACUUUUAUGGCUUCAUCAUGCCGGAGAGGGGUGAUAAUCACUACGCUGUGUGGCCGCUCGUCGUCAUCAUCAUCCUCUCAAGAACAUUUCUCUCCAACACCUCUCAAACAGCCACCUUCAACGUCCACCACCACCAACACACUGUCUCCUCGCUGCUUGACCCCGGCCCGAGCAUGAGCACCACAACAGUUGUUGGUACGGGCCUGCAUUCGUUUGCGCUGUCGCCCAAUUGGAAGACGAAGAUGGCCACGUCCACCACCUCCCAGGACUCGCCGUUGGAUAAAUUCCCGCUCUUCGACGACACCGUUGCGCCCGUCACGGCCGACCAGAACGGCCUCAACAAUGACCCCCUCUUUGCUCAUCAGUCGUUACACUACUCACAGCCUACCAGAUGGAUGCCGCGGAAACAAGCUUCUCUCUCUCCCGUGGGUCCUAAACAGCGCCCGCGAAAAAGUAUCAGUGAAGCCAUCGACGGCUUUAGAGAUCGUGGCACAAGCGUCAGUGUCAAUGCCCAGGAGCUCGCGGAGGCCUUGAAAGCUCCUGUGUCGUAUAAACUCAUUGGUCUCUGCGUCAUCUGGUAUAUGACCUCCGCUCUCACCAACACUUCCUCCAAGUCCAUCCUGAAUACUCUUCCAAAACCAAUUACUCUUACAAUCAUCCAAUUCGCCUUUGUAUCGAUAUGGUGCUCCAUCCUCGCGUCUCUCGCGUCCCUAUUCCCCUCCCUCCGACGAGCUAUUCCCGCUCUAAAAAAUGACCACACUACCUCUGGGCCAUGUUUCAGGUUCUAG